AUGCACCUGCAGAAGUUCAUUUGCACUUUCGGGAGCCCUUUACGAAUAGCAGCAUUGAAUGGCCUUCUCGAAGCUGUUAAAGUUCUCACCAAGCCACGUUACAAUGCCGUAUUACCAUAUCCAGAGGAGGAAAUCCAGGAAGUUUUUCGCGCAGCAGCUAGAAGUGGGAGCAUAGCUGUGAUUUCUAUUCUCGCCGAGUCAUUUUUAGAAUCACUACCUUCGGACCUACCAUCAAAUAUCCGAGAGGAGAUGCUUAUCCAAAGUAUAUAUUGGGAAAAAGAAGAAGCAAUACAGUUGAUAAUUUCAAGUGGUGUAGAUCUCAAUUUUGCGGUAUCUGCUACUUGGAAAACUAUGCCCAAUUGGUCGCCCAUUCACUGUGCCGCUUAUAAGGGCCGCUCAAAAGUUGUUCAGCUGCGACUUGAAAAUGGCGCAAAUCGAGAUGGCCAUGCCACCGGCAUACGUGUACGUUACAACAAUACGGAUGCAAUAGUUUUUGCCGUUUCCAAGGGCCAUGAAGAUGUCGUUCAUGUUCUUUUGAAUCACGGUGUUUCGUUAGCAAGAUACAGAGGAUACAACACUGCACUGAUUAUUAUAGCAUCAUUUUGGAGCCAGCAUCAUAUCAUGAGCCUACUGUUGAAGAAUGCGGUGCAUUCCGACAAAUACAUCAAUAGAACGGCUUUAUCAUAUGCAAUUGAAAAUGGAGAUCUCCUAUCUCUGCGUCUCCUAGUAGAAGCCGGCUGCCCUGUCGAGACCCUCAAAGACGUUAAACCUAUCAACUACAACUGUUCUCCAAUCCUUUUAGCAAUGAAAUGCGGGUGGCCACAUAUUCUGGAGUACCUUUUCAGUGUCAGUAGUGAAAAGAUUGAUCCGUUGGAUGAAGAGCAAUUUCCCCUUGGUUCGACUGUCAGAAACGUUUUACGAGUGGCCAAUAUCCUUGUAGAAAUGCGAAACAACCAUACCAGCUUUGGUAUACACAGGGCAGAUACUAAACAAUCGUAG